AUGGUGGUCUCUCAUAAUGAUCGUUCAUCACCGGACAAUCAUCCUCAUCACCGUCUUCAAAAUGGUGGUAAGCAUAAAAAUAAACAGGGAAAAAUAAAAAAUUCCGGCGGUGGUGGCUGGAAUAAUUAUGGUGGCGGUGGUGGCCGGAAUAAUUCCGGCAGCAGGGGGCAGACCAGUGGCCACAGUGGACCUGCCCGGCCAGGAGUGCAGACGGCUCCUUUAACAUGGGGGCCUUGGGCUUACCCUCCUUGGGCCUUCCCCCCAUGUCCUUAUCCCAAUCAGGGCUGGGCUCGACCUUCUUGGGCACCCAGGCAUCAGCAGGUUCAGCAAGGGGCAGGGCUUCUUGGGUCUGGGCCGAGGCAGCAGCAGCAGGCCUAUGCGGCAGAUGCUCCAUCCGUCCCUACAGACAUAGAGGCUGCGAUGCAUACUCUCGGUCUUACUCCACCGGAUCCGAAUUGGUAUAUGGAUACGGGAGCGACAUCUCAUAUGACUUCUUCCCAUGGUACUCUAAACUCUUAUUUUAAUUUGAGCAUUUCUAAUGGUAUGAUUGUCGGAAAUGGUCAUAGUAUUUCAAUUCGUGGUUAUGGGGACGCACAUUUGCCUUCUUCCAACCCCCCUUUAACCCUCAAAAAUGUCCUGCAUGCACCUAAAAUCAUUAAAAUUUAG